GGUUCACCUAGUCGGCAUCUGGUCUCGACAGUUAUGUCUUCUUCUCUCUCUCGUCUCCACGACCAGCGCGAAGCCUCGGCCGAGAUGAAUCCCGUGGAGAAUCUCUCUCUUGCAUUGGGGUUGUUUUUUGAUCGUUUCCCCAAUUUGGCAACUUCUCCAAUUUUUAGUUCAGUUGCCAAGAAGGGAGUUGAAGAAAUUGAAGAGGAAGAGGUGGUAGCUGCUCUAUCAAAGGUGUUUCUUCAUCCCGCAUAUACACUUCCUUUGACGCGUAGCUUCGGUGCUGUUAUCGGACGGGUGAUAGACAAAGUUGUGAGCCUUCUCCGUUUAGUGAGGGAUCUGAGGUCAAAUCCGAACCAUUCUAAUGACGACUCAGCUCUUGACGAUUCCCUGAAUAGUGGUAUUAGUAUAAUUGAUUAUUAUGUUCAACAUGGACGAGGUUUGGAGCUUCACGAGUGUGCUUGCUUGGCCUUCAGUCGUGCCCUACUUUUAAAUACCUCUUUGUUGCGCUCUGUCCUAAAUUAUUUUGAGUUCGCUCCAGCACCUCAUGAACGACUUCUUGAGAAAGUAACAACUUCAGGGAUAUCUAGAGAGGUUGCAUCUGCAUAUUUGCUUUGUGUGCAAUCAACAUGUUGUUUUCUCGAUAUCCGACGUGAACUUUUCUCUAAGUUAUGGGAUUGGUCUUAUUUAUGGGAUUCCAUGAACAACAAAAAAGAUUUAUCGGGAAAACAUAGGGAAGUCGUGUUGUGUGGUUCCCAAAUUCUUUUCAAUGUCUUGGGAUGGAGUGACAAAGUAACAAGGCAUUUUGAUGUUGGAAAAGAAGAAGCAUUCUCAAGCUUAUUGCGUUGGUUGGAAUUUUGUAAGGAUGUAGAAAUUGAGAAGGCUGGAACAUACAUUGAGUUGCCUAGUCGUUCGGGGUUGCGGUCUUUGCAACAGUGCACAAAUUAUCCAAGUAAUCUGCAUUCUUUGGUUAACAGUCCGGCUUCAUCACAGCUAGACAAUCUUGAGCCAUUGCGAAAGAUUCGGAGGAUUGAUCCACGGGGUGCAAGAUUAUGUUCUGAACCAUUUGUCAUCAAUCCUAGAGUGAAGAAUAGUUAUGAAAUGGCCUCUCUGGCUGUUAGUCAAAAACGACCUAUUCUUCUUUAUGGUCCUUCAGGUUCUGGCAAGACAGCUCUCAUUCGAAAGUUGGCUGAAGACAGCGGGAGCCAUGUUAUAUUUAUCCACAUGGAUGACCAACUUGAUGGCAAAACCUUGAUUGGCACUUAUGUGUGUUCCGACCAACCUGGAGAAUUCAGAUGGCAGCCUGGUUCAUUAACUCAGGCUGUCAUGAAUGGCUUCUGGGUUGUUCUUGAGGACAUAGACAGAGCACCAUCCGAUGUCCCUGUCAUGUUGUCACCUUUGCUUGGGGGUUCAAGUUCAUUUGUGACCAGUGGCAGUCAUGGAGGGGAAAUACAAAUAGCAGAUCAUUUCAGACUGUUUUCAACCAUAUCUACCACCGAGGGCAGCAUAUCAAACCUUAGAGAAGGUGGAAAUGCUCUUAGCCCUCUUUGGAGGAGAAUUCUGGUCCGUCCGCCGGAUACUGGAUGUUUGCAAAGUAUUUUGCUUGCUAGGUAUUCAAGGUUGGAGCAUGUUGCCGAAAAACUUAUUGAAACAUUUGAAAAAGUAAAUUAUGCGCUUCGACCACAACUUACACGUUCACUGACUGAAAAUCAGGCUUCCUUCAGCUCUCCAAGUAGAUUUUCGCUGAGAGAUCUUAUCAAGUGGUGCGAACGAGUUAAUGGAUUGUCUUCAUGUGAUAACCAUACGAUCUAUCAAGAGGCAGCUGAUAUAUUCUCUGCUUCUUUUAUGUCCUCUCAAAACCGGAUGACUAUUAGUAGAAUUAUUGCAAGCAUUUGGAAUGUUCCUGUGUCCGAAGCUCAGUCUAAGCCUGCAAUCCAGGAUUUUUCUGGAAUGCUGAAAAUUGGAAGAGUUUCUCUUGAACAUGGUGAAACUGCGUCACAUGAUAGGUUGAGAUUUGUUGAAACACGUACCUCUAUGUGCUUGCUCGAGAAAAUAGCUCGGUCUGUUGAGUGUAAUGAGCCAGUUCUCUUAGUUGGGGAAACUGGUACAGGGAAAACAACAUUGGUGCAAAAUCUGGCAUCAUGGCUGGGGCAGAAACUCACUGUUCUGAACCUUAGCCAGCAAAGUGAUAUAGUGGAUCUGUUGGGUGGUUUUAAGCCUGUCGACGCAAAGCUCCUGUGCACAUCUCUGUACAACGAAUUCAAUAAAUUGGCAAGACUAUCAAGGAUGAAGGAUGAUUCAGAAACAAUGAAACGGCUGCAAAAACGUUUUUGGGCCAGGAAGUGGGAAAAAUUUCUGAGUGGAUUGAAGAAAACAAUUGAUUGUCACACCGGACACAAUAAUGAGAAAAAAAGGUCUGGAUCUUGUAGGAAAAGGAAGAAACAAGAUGUGAUUAAAGAUUGGGUGGCUCUUUUAGGCAAAGUGGAAAAAAUCCAUCAGCAGAUUUGCACAGGUGGAAUGGUAUUUACCUUUGUAGAAGGUGCUUUUAUAACAGCCCUCAGAGAAGGACACUGGAUUUUACUAGAUGAGGUGAACUUAGCCCCGCCAGAGUUAUUGGGCAGACUUGCUGGUGUUCUUGAAGGGGUAAGAAGUUCGUUUUGUCUUGCUGAAAGAGGGGAUGUAAAGGGCAUUCCGAGACAUUCGAAUUUCCGUAUAUUUGCUUGUAUGAAUCCAGCCACAGAUGCUGGUAAAAGGGAGUUGCCACUCUCCUUCCGCAGCAGAUUCACAGAGUAUGUUGUGGAUGAUGAAUUGUGUGAUGAUGACCUGGGAAUUUUUGUACGACGGUUUUUAGCUGGACGCAAAUCUGAUAGCAAGUUAGUGGAGAACAUUGUUUGCUUUUACAAGGAAGCGAAAAGGUUAUCUGAAGAAAGCUUGCAAGAUGGUGCAAAUCAGAAACCACAAUAUAGCUUGAGGUCUCUUUACCGUGCACUUGAGUACGCCAGAAAAGCAGAAGCCAUUGCUGGAUUUGAAAAGGCAUUGUUUGAUGGAUUUUCCAUGUUUUUCCUAUCUCUGUUGGAUGCUUCUAGUGCCAAGAUCAUGAACCACAUGGUUUUAAAGUACAUCUUAGGGAAACAUAGCUCUCCAGUUUCUCCCUUUUCUCCCAGCAGCUACUUGGGAGAAUUAAAAUCCAGCUCUGAUGACUUUGUGAAGAACUAUGUCAUGACAAAGACGGUAAAACAGCAUCUUCGCCAUCUGAUGCAUGCCAUUUUUAUUAAAAAAUAUCCUGUUCUUUUACAAGGACCGACAUCCAGUGGGAAAACAAGCCUUGUCAGGUAUCUUGCGGCGAUAAGUGGGCACAAGUUUAUCCGAAUCAAUAAUCAUGAGAACACAGAUAUCCAAGAAUAUUUGGGCUCCUACAUGACUGAUUCCUCAGGGAAGCUCAUAUUUCAUGAAGGUGCAUUAGUGAAGGCUGUUAGGAAUGGGCAUUGGAUAGUCUUGGAUGAACUUAAUUUGGCCCCAUCUGAUGUUCUGGAGGCACUAAACAGAUUGCUUGAUGAUAAUCGAGAACUUUUUGUACCUGAGCUGAGCGAGACGAUAUCAGCACAUCCUAAUUUCAUGCUUUUCGCUACGCAGAAUCCACCAACCCUAUAUGGUGGGCGCAAAAUGCUUUCUCGAGCUUUUCGUAACCGGUUUGUGGAGAUCCAUGUUGAUGAAAUUCCGGAAGAUGAACUCAGAAUAAUUCUUAAAGAGAGAUGUCACAUUGCCCAAAGCCAUGCUUUGAAAAUGGUUGAAGUGAUGAAGGACUUGCAACUGCAUAGGCAAAAUAGUAAAGCUUUUGCUGGAAAACAUGGAUACAUAACACCUAGAGAUUUAUUCCGUUGGGCUGAUCGUUUUAGCACUUUUGGAAAAUGUAAUGAAGAUCUAGCUAGAGAAGGAUAUUACCUCCUUGCCGAGAAGCUGCGGGAUGAUGCAGAGAAGCAGGUUGUUCAAGAGGCUUUGGAGAGACAUUUUCGGGUCGCUCUUGCUAAAGACGAUUUAUACAAAAGUGAUCUGUCUGGUUUGGAUGAAUCGCUUCAUUUGAGAGAGGAUAUCAUGCAGAGCAGAUCUGUCACCUGGACUAAAAAUAUGUGGAGAUUGUACUUUCUCAUUAGGCGUUGCUAUGAAUUACGUGAGCCUGUUCUUCUUGUUGGUGAAACUGGAGGAGGCAAAACAACCAUCUGCCAGCUGCUUAGUGACGCUCUGGGGCUAAGAUUGCACAUCCUUAAUUGUCAUCAAUUCACAGAAACUUCUGACUUCCUUGGUGGGUUCUUUCCUGUCCGGGAUAGAUCUAAUUUAGCUGCUGAAUACGAAAACCUAGUCAAGAAGUUGAAGCCCUCCAAGGCUUUGGCACAGUGUAGCCAAGACAUUGAUAUUUCUACAGAUAUUAAUGAAGCAGAUAUGUUAAUUAAAGCAUUGGAUGCAGUUCUCGAAAAGUACAGAAAUGAUUCGACGUUGGACACAGGUGUUCGACAGCAAGAUAUUGUUGCUUUUGAGAAAAUGAAGAACGAUCUUGUUGUGUUGUAUCAGAAGUGGUGUGCAAUCUUUGUGUGGCAAGAUGGACCCCUUGUACAAGCUAUGCGAGCUGGUGAUCUCUUCUUAGUGGAUGAGAUAUCUUUAGCUGAUGAUAGUGUGCUAGAGAGACUGAAUAGUGUGUUGGAGCCAGACAGGAAAUUGUCUUUAGCUGAGAAAGGUGGUCCAGUAUUGGAGGAAGUUGCAGCCCGCGAAAACUUUUUAGUUCUUGCUACUAUGAAUCCUGGUGGUGAUUAUGGAAAGAAAGAAUUGUCUCCGGCACUUCGUAGCCGUUUUACUGAGAUAUGGGUUCCCCCUAUUAGUGAUAUUGAUGAACUUACAAGUAUUGCCCUUUCUAGCCUUUCUGACCCAAAGGAUCCUAAUAUUGUUUGUCCCAUUGUGAACUUUUGGGAGUGGUUUAAUCAGUUGCAGAUUGGGAGAGUGCUCACAGUCAGGGAUCUCCUCUCUUGGAUUUCUUUUGUCAACGUCACUAGAGAAAACUUAGGACCUGUAUAUGCUAUUUCUCAUGGGGCAUUUCUAGUGUUACUUGAUGGUUUAAGUUUAGGAACCGGUUUUUCUAAGAGGGAUGGAGAAGAGCUGAGGGAAAAAUGCUUCUUGUUUCUUUCUGAACAGUUAAAGGUUUUUGCUUGUGAUACACUACCUUCUGAACUUUCAAAACUGGAGCAAUAUGGCUGGGGUGAUGGUGAAACAGGUUAUCAGGGAAAUAAGAGUGUUUUACGUGGGGAAAUGUUUGGUAUCGAUCCUUUUUACAUCAGAAUAGGUGAUGAGAAUACCGAGACUGAAGGAUUUGAAUUUUUAGCGCCAACUACUCGGAGGAAUGCCUUGAGGGUAUUGCGUGCAAUGCAGCUUUCUAAACCUAUUUUGUUGGAAGGCAGUCCAGGGGUAGGGAAAACAAGUUUAAUUAUGGCGGUGGGUAAAUAUUCUGGCCACAAGGUGGUGCGCAUAAAUCUAUCAGAGCAGACUGACAUGAUGGAUUUGCUGGGUUCUGAUUUACCAGUCGAAAGUGAUGAAGGGAUGAAGUUUGCAUGGUCUGAUGGAAUCCUCUUGCAGGCGUUAAAGCAAGGCUCCUGGGUUUUGUUAGAUGAACUUAACCUUGCCCCACAGUCUGUUCUGGAGGGAUUGAAUGCGAUUUUGGAUCAUCGCGCUCAGGUCUUCAUUCCAGAACUUAAUCGUACUUUUGAAUGUCCUCCUACUUUUAGAGUAUUUGCAUGCCAGAAUCCUUCGUCUCAAGGCGGUGGAAGAAAAGGUCUUCCAAAAUCUUUCCUCAACCGAUUCGCUAAGGUUUAUAUGGACGAGCUGGUGGAAGAUGAUUACUUUUUCAUCUGUAGCUCGCUUUACCAGUCUAUUCCUCAACCAUUGCUUUCUAAGCUUAUUUCUUUUAAUCGGCGGCUACAUGAUGAUACAAUGUUAAGUCGUAAGUUUGGUCAGAGUGGUUCACCUUGGGAAUUCAAUCUGCGUGAUGUGAUUCGAUCCUGUCAAGUUGUGCAAGGGGCAGUAAACGAUGUAGAAAUUGACAGCUUUCUGAAUGUUGUCUAUGUCCAAAGAAUGCGUACUGCAACUGAUCGCAAAGAAGUUCUCAGUAUCUAUGAGGACAUUUUUGGCCGAAAACCGUCUAUUAAUAGUUAUCCUCGAGUUCAGCUUAAUCCUUCGUACUUAAUUGUUGGAAAUGCUGCUAUUAAAAGGAAUUUCACUCAGUCUAAUAUUUCGAGUGAGCAGCUGAAGAUUUUGCCUGAAAUCCGUCAGAACUUGGAGGCUGUUGCACAUUGUGUGCGGAAUCAAUGGUUGUGCGUUCUAGUAGGACCAUCAUCAUCUGGGAAAACUUCGCUGAUCAAAAUAUUAGCUCAGCUAACAGGAUAUGCUCUUAAUGAACUAAAUCUCUCGUCUUCUACUGACAUAUCUGAUUUACUUGGGUGCUUUGAGCAAUAUAAUGCCUUCCGGACUUUCAGGUUGGUUGUUGCUCAAGUGGAGCACCUUCUUAAUGAGUAUUGCAGCUUGCUAUUAGAGUCUUCUUCGAAGACCUUCUUAAGCGAAAGGAACAGCUUAGUUUCCAGCUGGCUUUCUUUUUUAUCUACGAUAAACUCCUACAUCCUGGAAGGUUCUCCAUCCUUACUGAAGGACUCUGAUAGCCUUUCUUACUCACUCUCUAAGUUAGCGGAGAUCGUAGCACAUCUAAAGAAGGUGGUGGAUGAAGGCGCUUUGCAUGCUAGUUGCUCAAAGAAGAAUCUGGACCAAAUCGUGAAGUCAAUAUUGAAGCUGCAGACUUUUGAGAAAAAGCCGACAACAAGAUUUGAAUGGGUGACUGGAAUGCUGAUAAAGGCUAUAGAAAAUGGAGAAUGGGUUGUCCUAGAAAAUGCAAAUCUGUGUAAUCCCACGGUACUUGAUAGAAUCAACUCUUUGGUUGAACCGGGUGGAUCAAUCACCAUAAACGAGUGUGGAAUUAUUGAUGGCCAACCAGUUACUGUCACACCACAUCCUAAUUUUCGCCUGUUCCUUACUGUUAACCCAAAUUUUGGUGAGGUAUCAAGAGCAAUGCGAAAUAGAGGCGUUGAAAUAUUUAUGAUGGAGCCACAUUGGCAGCUGGAUGAUGAAGUUGUUGACAGUGAAGAGCUUUUAGUAAGAGGUGUUGAGAGGUUUCUGGCUCUAUCAGGCAUACCAGGUUCCAAGUUGGUGGCUUCCAUGGCCAAAGCACAUGUUUAUGCAUGGCAUAAAGGUCAAUGCUUUAAUGUUCGAAUUACGUAUCUUGAGCUUGAUCAAUGGGUUAACCUAUUUCAACAGCUGCUCAUGAAUGGCAAUCAACCUCUAUGGAGCCUACGACUAAGUUGGGAGCACAUCUAUCUUUCAUCCCUUGGGGAAGAUGAUGGAAAGGAAGUAGUUGAUUCUGCUCUUAAUGAAUAUUUGUCAGAGAUUGACCUGUCUGAUUUUAUUUCAUCUUUCGGCAAGGGUCUUUGGUUACCCGGGGGAUUGCCAAAGCCUCUUAACUUGAGAGACUUCACCAGGUAUUCAAUAGAAGUUACCAUCAGGCAGAAUUGCAUGUAUCUGGAGUUCUUAGGGGCUCAGUAUGCAUCUCAUGAAUCCGAUAUAACCUGCAACCAGAGAUUCAGAGACAGAGAGUUUACUGCUGGAGAAUUGAGAAAGGUUAUGUUUCCUAAAGUUGCCAGUGGAUCAACCUGUGUGGAAAAUGCCCCGAAAAUGAAACUUCAUUCAGUUUCACAAAUGAUGUUAUAUGCCGCCAACUGGGCAAUUGAGCAGGCAACCGAAAAGGAUAUUCAACUCUAUCUUGGCUGGUUUACUUGGCUUGAUUCCAAGUUGCAGCCAUACUGUCCGUUUUUCCAGUUUUUUCUCAGUAUGCUCAAGGAGGAAUUGGAGCAUCCUAUCUGGGGUCAUAUACUUAGAUGCCGACAGGACCUGAUAUCCCUCUGCCAAAUGGAUUCUGAUGCUAGUCCUAUUCCCAUGCUGUCCUUAAAACUGAUUGAUGUAGCUGCAUUGUUUGGGCAGGCCAACGAAUCUACUAAAUGCCUCUUUAAUUGUCUCAAUUCCACUGAGAUCCUUCGGCUUUCCUAUCAGCAAUGGUUUGCAGAAAGAAACUAUAACCACACCGAUGUAUCUCUGUCAUUCGUAACAUUUCUGAAAUCCCUGCAAAGACUGGAGAAGAAACUGCUAAAAAUGCUGGUGGGAUCGCAUGAUUUUAGUGUGUUGAUUCAACUGUACACCCAACUUAUUGAAAAGCAUUCGCUCUUUUGGUCUACUUUGGUCUCCUCACAAAGUGAGCGUUUAGUGUACUCCUUCCGGUGUUUGAUGAAAACUGCUAAAAAGCUACUCAGCUCUUUUCCUGAAGAAGUUCGAGUGGUCCUGGAUGAAAGCAAAAAUCUGAACAAUAUAUCUUUGCAUGGUCAAGAUGAAAAAUCAUUGCUAUGGGCACAUGGUGGUCAUCCUUCCUUGCCAGUAUCUGCAAAACUGUACAUUAAACAGCAGGAACUUCUGAAAUUGUGUGACAAUGUUUGGCGAGUGAGAUUAGAAUCAGAUGAACGAGGGAAUGAUUAUCUUACCAGAGUUAUGUCGUUUUGCUGUCCUGAACUGCGUUCUCUUGCUUUACAGGGCCUUUGCAUGUCAUCAUAUAUCGCUGGCAAGGAUGACGAAGACAAUGUGGCUGCUGUUCAGUUGGAUGAGUUAUACCAGAUGCUGUUGAGAAGGAUGAAAUUUGAAAGAGAAAGGCUGGAGGAUAGGCUGGGUUCCGGUGGGAAUGAUAGUAUUGAAAAACCUUCUGCUGAUUGCUGUGUUUUACUCCCAGAGAUUUUGGCUACUGGAUCUGGUUAUAGCAGUUGGUUGCAAACGCAUCUUCUUGCUUGCAGUGAAAGUUGUUAUUUGGAUGUGGAGUUACUUAAUAUACUUCAGCACCUUCUGCCGGUCCAUUCCACCGUACCCUCAGGGUUACAGCAGGAUCAUGAGUACAUUACAAGGCUGCUUGAAUAUGCUCUAAAUUAUUCAUUAUCCUCUUCGAGGCCUCCUCAAACUCUUGUAGCUCAUCAAAAAAUCCUGUGGACAAUUGAUGCACACAGCUCUACAAUACGAGAGGACACCAAAAUUGCUGGUUCAAUUCUUGAAAUGUGGUACUGGUGGCAUUCAGUUUUGUGGAAUCAUAGUCAAUUCCCUCUCAUGAAUAUCUCAGAGAUCGAUGGGCAUUGCAUUCCACUUCCUUGUAUGCUGAUUCAGCCAGUGAAAACAGUUGCAGUUGCCCAGAUGCUUCAGAGUGCGUUUGCUAUCAAGGAUUUCCAUGUUCAUUCAAUCAAGCUUAGAUUUGCUUCACGAAGCCUAUGGAAAAGCUCAAAACCAACACAAGAAAUACCUGCUUUUCUGUCAUCAAUUGCGCGGUCUCUCUUCCAACAGGUUAUAUGCACACACAAAAAAUCAUUUGAGCCAGGCAAGUUUGCGGCAAUUUGCUCCACGCUUCAGGUCAUUGAGGAUAACCCGAACAAGAUGGAUAGACAGCUCCUGAUCUCAUUAAUCGAGUCUACAAGUCAUCAGAGAUUGAAGUCUCUAACUCACUCAUUUGUUGAUACAUUGGUCCAGCAUCUCUAUCCUGAUUGCCCAUCAAGUGAUUUCUACUUCAAUCUUGGGUUAACGUGGUUAAAUCUUGGAGAACUUCGCUUCCAUCUUUUGCAUAGCUUUGAUGCUAUAGAUCCAGCCACAAAGAUCAAAUGCAAACUAUCAGAACUAGAAGAGAAAAUUUCAUCCCUUGAGCUAAACAUGAAGGUCCGAAAAGAAUGUAAUUAUCUCGCAGGAUCGCUUUUUCCUGGAGAAAGUGACAGAAAAAUCAAACAAACAUUACAAGGCCUUGUUACUGAGCAUAAAAGGCUACAAAGGAAGAUUGUAUUUCGCCCUGAUUCUAAAAAGUACAAGGAGUUAAGACGCGAGCUCCAUGAGUUUGUGAGAUUUGUCAACCCUAUAGAUCUGGUCGACAGUAUUAAAAGAUUGGGCUGGAACCAGGUCAUUGGGCAUGUUUGCACCUGGCAGGAUACAGCAACUUCAUUUAUCGAUCGACUAUCCAACGAGUAUUCUGAAUAUAUUGAUAUAACUCAGCCAGUUCAAGUCGCAGUAUAUGAGAUGAAAUUGGGUUUAGCUCUCAUUGUCUCUGGAGCUUUUCUGGAAAAUAUUCUCAAUAAAGUUGGGAUAGACAAGGCUGACUCAGUCAUGGAAACUAUUUAUGCUCUAAUGAGAUUUCCAAGAGGCUGCUCCUCAGCUCCAUCUAUCAAUCAUGGGAGUUCGCCGUUAUUGCACCUUUCUCAUGGUGCAGAUUCUCGCGCAACAUCCUUAGGUUUGGAUGUCAGCGUACUACAGAAGUUGAUCUCUGUUUCAAAUACAGAAGAAGCUGGAAAAGUGUCUCAGUUGCAACUCAAGGCUGUUCUCUACAAAGACUUACACUUUCGUAUUUCACAAUUUAUCGCAAAUGCAAAGAUAAUGGAUAAAGAUUCAUUUGAGUUAUUGCAUAAGCUCUAUCUUGAAUUGGCAAGUAUUUGGAUGGAGAUGAAGUUUCAAGCAGAAUCCAAAGCUGAUUCUAUUUCUCAGCUCUACAAGUUCCGUGCUCGUGACUUUAAAAUUGAAAGUGUGAUGGAAGUUGAUAUAUCUGGCCUGGGCAAGCAUUUAACAAAUGAUAGUUUCUCGGAAUGGCAAGAGUUUAUAGCUGAGGGAGAUUCAAAUUACACGACUCAAACAGAUCAAGAGCAGGAAAGUUUAGAGGAUGAGUGGGACCUGAUGCAGGAGCAUCUGGAUGAUAUAUUUAACUCCCACAAUGAAUUAUUUGGCUCUCUCAACCUCUGUGGAAAGCCUGGAAGGUUCUGUAUUACAGACAGUAGAAGACUGGAUUCCUUCAAGGAUUCCUAUGAACUUGGAAUCAAUUUGAUUAAAGGUCUAAGGGGCUUAUUUACUUCAAGCUUGGAUGCGAAACUUGUACCAGAACACCUUCUUCGUCUGUGCUUAGAAUAUAAAAGAAACUUCACUUCAACUCACCAGUCUACCAGUAAAUUUAACUUUUACAAGGACUCAAAUCCUUUGGAAUUGGGGAAAAUGGUCCAUUUACUCACUGGUCUUCAGAUGAGAAUCUCUUCUCUCUUGCAAGAAUGGGAGGAGCAUAUUGGACUUCAAAAACUUUCUGAUAUUCUUCGAAUGCUCUUGGAAAUUCCUUCAAGUACUCCUCUUGCAAAGGCUCUUUUGGGAUUGCAAUUCCUGCUUUGUAAGGUCCGUAUGUUGCAGGAAGAAGGCUGUAAAUUCUCCAUUUCUGAUCUCGUGGAACCAGUUAUUGCUCUUGCAAACUCAUGGCAGAAGAUGGAAUUUGAUUGCUGGCCUACGAUGCUCGAUGAGGUUCAAGAUCAGUAUGAAAUAAAUUCUGGGAAGUUGUGGCUUCCUUUGUUUACAAUUCUGUUUCCGAAGGACUCCGAUAGUAUUUCAGAACAUGAAACCGAGUUUAUUACGCAGAGUUUGGUGGAAUUCAUUGAAACGUCCAACGUUUGCGAAUUUAGGAAACGCCUUCAACUUCUUUAUGGUUUCCUUCUUCAUUUAAGAAUGGGUUGCUCGCUGGGGAUAUAUUCAAGUGAUUUUCAUAAGAGGAGCCUGGAAAUUUGCUACAACCUUUUUGGAUUUUACAUCCAGUUCCUGCCAAUUGUAAUGGAUCAGGUUGAAUCAAAUAGAAGAAAUGUUGAGACCGAGUUAAAUGAUCUUCUGAAACUGUGUAAGUGGGAAAAGCUAGAAAAUUAUCUGUCCACUGGGACCACUAAAAAAGCCAGGCAGAAGGUCAAGAAGCUGAUUCAGAAGUAUACUGACAUGUUACGACAGACUGUAAUGCUUGUUAAGCAAGAGUCUCUGCAGAAAGGAGUUCAACUUCUGCCUAAAUUGUGUCCCAAGCUUAUCAAUGGGGCAUCCAGGAGUACUGAGGUUCUGGACAGUGCGUUAGGAGCUCGGCAAAUGAAUGAAGGGGAUAGUUUUUCAUGGUAUGCCGUAUGGAGGAAUAAAUUAAAUGAAUCUGUUGGAGUCUCUCGUCAUCGAUUGCAGCCUGAAACAAGAUCUCUAAUAGCUGAAGAUGUUGCAAAUGCCGUGAGUCAGUUGUUAGAGCAAUCUUCUUGCUCUAUCUAUCAGGAUGAUUGGAAGAGUGUGUGGAGUACAGUUGCUAGGGUUGGUGGUAUGAUAAUUGGUUGCGCAGAUCUGUGGAGAGACGAUGACAGACGUGUUGGGAAAAAGAGGGCCUUGUCGGAACUUCUAAAGUUAUUAGAAAUUAGUGGUUUGCAGAAACACAAGUUUGAAAAUAUGGAGAUAUCAAACCACUUGAAAGGGAUGCUUGCUCAGCCAUCAUAUGAUCCGCAACAUCUGCUGUUUACAGAAUCCAAAACUAGCGUGCAUCCUCCUAGAAAAGUUGAAGACCAAAACCAGGAAACUUCAGAUGCUGACUGGCGAGAUGCAAAUCAAUUUUAUUUUAAGAGCUUGGCUUCAGUGCAGCUAUUGUUAGAGAUUGGCCAUAAACACACAGAUAUUACAUAUGAGCAGUUUAACCGGUCUAUCUCUUUCCUCAACCAUCUUGUGGAAAUACAAAGGGAGCAAAGAAAUGCUGCUUAUUGCAUUGAUGAACGUCUCCAGCGAUUACGCCAACUUGUUUCAUCUUUUGAGAUGUUAUUGGUAGACUCAUUUGAUUCUGAGUCAAGGGAUAGUUCCGUGCUCAGUUUUCCUCGAAAUCAACGUGCUAUCUUCCACUGCAUGAGGCAACAGAAGCAACUUUUCGAUAAGCUUAUUAGAAUGUUGUGCGAGGAAUCUGCAUUGUUGAGAACAGUUAGAAGUUCCCACUUGGACUCUUGUCCAGAUGUGAAAGCUUCAUCAAGCGGUGUCCUUUGCUUCACUGAAGGAUUAAUUCCCAUUGUUGAAAAAUCUAAGGCAUCACUGGAUAGGUGCCUUAUUGGUUGCGAUGGAGCUAUUAUCGCAUCAACUGACUGUCCAGAUCAAAAGAUUGUCACAAAUCAAAUGGUAGAACUUUUACUUCGGAACUUUGAGACACUUAAUGAAUUUGAGAAGAAAUAUUCAAGUUUCCAUAGAGAAGGCAUGGAGAAAAGUUCUGUCAGAGAUGUUCUUCAAAGUCAUUUCACCCCAGUCUUUGAAGAGGGGAAAUUGCUGGCCGAGGAACUAAGUUGUAUACUUGAGGUGGGAAAGCAAUCAACUGGAUCUGAGUUUAAGGAACAAACUGCUUUUGAUGGAGUUCUUGCUAGUGCAUUUGGAAAUAUCAAGGAUGUGCUCCAAAAGCUUUGUUCCUACAAGGGAGAAAUCGCUUCUCAAGAACAAGGGAAUAUUACUGCAUGGAAUUGUGUAUUCAGGAAAGCAGAAAAUGAUCUUGAUCUAGAUAACUUAUGUUAUCAGAUUUCAGGAACACUUAGUUCCAUUGAAAAAGAAGUGAACUCUUCUGGUUGCCUUCUGGCUUCUGUGGGACAACAUUUGAAGCACCUGCAUCUAUUCCUUGAUCUAAUAUUGUACUUUGGCGACUGUUUCCUCAAAGAUUUUCUGGGGAUGAGCAAAACGGUGUCAUUGAUAACCCAUGAGCUUGCAAGUGUCUUGGCGGAUCUGUUCACAAAGGGGUUUGGCGUGUCUACAAAAGAUGAAGGUCAUGACUCUAGUGUUGACAAAUCGCAAGCUGCAGCAGGUACUGGUAUGGGAGAAGGAGAGGGAGCAAAAGACGUGAGCGACCAAAUAGAAGAUGAAGAUCAACUGAUCGGUACAUCUGAAAAGGGAGAUGAAAAGCAGGAUGCUCCAGAUGAGAUGCUGGGUAAUGAUAAAGGCAUCGAGAUGAGCAAUGAGUUUGAUGGAAAAGCACAUAGCAUCAGCGAGGAUUCUGGAGAAGACAAUGAAGAUGGGGAAAGCGAGGAUGAGCAGUUGGAUUCUGCUAUGGGAGAGGCGGGAUCUGAUGCUGAAGUAGCUGAUGAAAAGCUCUGGAACGAAGACAAAGAUGUGGAGCCAGAAACCAAGAAUGAGAAGUAUGAAUCUGGACCAAAUGUUGUGGACAAAGACCCUGACUCUAGAGAGUUAAGAGCAAAGGAGGACGAUGCUGUCACUACUGAUGAACGUGACGAAUUGAACACUUCUGACAAACAUGAAGAAGGAAAUGAUGAGGACAAGGAUCAGGAUAAUCUUGGUGACACUGAAAACCUGGAAGACCUUUGCCAGAGUAAGGAAGAAGCGUUUGCAGACCCAACUGGUCUAAACCCUGAGGUGAGCAAUGACCAAAUUGAUGAUGGUAUGGAGGUUGAUGAUAAAGAAGAGGAUGGAAAAGAAGAUGCAGCCGUUCAUAAUGAAGAAACUUGUCCAGAAGAUCAAAAUGAACCUGAAGAAGUUGAAAAUGGUCACGAAAUUCCAGAGCCUGCUGAUGAAUCUGUGGAGGCAGGGGGUGAGGAUGUGUCUGGUUCUCCUCAAAAAGAUCGUACUGGUGAUGACCUUGAGCAGAAUGCAGGAAUGGAGCCAACAGAAGAGAAAGAAGAUGUAAUCGAACAUAAGAAUCCAAAUUCUGGUGGUGAUAACAUCCCUAAUGUGGAGUCUGGAUCACAAACACUUCUAGGAGACCAUUUAUCGGCGGCAGGAAGUACAGCACCUCAGGAAAACUGGUCUAAUAAUAAUGCUACCGAUAAUCUUGCAGCUUCAAUAGAUCUGCCUUCUGGUGCUAACCUUGAGGGGAACCUCAUGGUGACCAACUCAAUGAAUGGUGAAACAUUGACAGAUAAUGCCCCAAAGAUGGAAUUGCCUCAAAACCUAACAUGUUCUUCUCAACAAACCAAACUGAACCCUUACAGGCAUGUUGGCGAUGCAUUAAAGGAGUGGAAAGAAAGAAUUAGAGUUUCCACAGACCUUAAAGGAGAAAGGCAAGAGAUUGAGGGUGAAAUUGAGGAUCCAGAUGCUAGUGAGUAUGGAUAUACUUCUCAGUUUGAUGCAGGAACUUCACAAGCUCUGGGACCUGCAAUGUCUGAGCAGGUGGACACAGAUAUGAGGGAUGUGGAACCUGAGGGAGAAAGAAUCGAAGGGCAUCAGGAUGAAGUGACCGAGAUGGAUAUAGAUGAUGUGAACCCCCAAAACAAACCUGUUGUCCACUCUAAUGCAGUGCUAAGGAAUGGUAUCCCUGAACAAGUUCAGGCACCAGAUACAGACAUGAAAAAUCAAGAGGAAUUCCCAAUUAAUGACUGCAAUGAUGGCGAUGGAGGAAUGGACUCUAUGGUUUCUGUCGACAGAUCCUUCGUUGGCGAAGAUGUGUAUAAUCCGCUCAGAGUGCCAGUGACUGAUCAGGAAAUGGGCAAAGUUCAGGAUACUGAGGAAGAUCCCGAUGCCGAAAGUAAUGCAGUGAUUAGAUGGAGAAAAUGUGAGUCACUAACUGUGAAAUCGUCUCAGGAGCUGGCCGAGCAGCUUCGUCUUAUCUUGGAACCAACGCUUGCAAGCAAGCUCCACGGUGACUACAGAACGGGCAAACGGAUCAACAUGAAAAAGGUUAUUCCAUACAUAGCUAGUCAGUAUCGGAAAGAUAAAAUCUGGUUGAGGAGGACAAAACCUAGCAAGCGUGAGUACCAGGUUGUCGUUGCCGUGGAUGAUUCACGUAGCAUGUCGGAAAGUGGUUGCGGUGAAUUUGCGCUUAGAGCCCUCACGACUGUGUGUCGUGCAAUGUCUCAACUCGAGAUGGGAAGUCUGGCUGUUGCAAGUUUCGGGAAGGAAGGAAACAUGAAGACUUUACAUGAUUUUGGUCAGUCUUUCAGCCGAGAGUCUGGGAUUAAGAUGAUCUCGAGUUUGACGUUUAAACAAGAAAAUCUCAUCAAAGACGAACCCGUCGUCAACCUGUUGACUCAUUUGAAUGAAAUGCUUGAUUCUUCGGCAACCAGGACACGACUUUCCUCUGGUAGCAACCCUCUGCAGCAACUUGUGCUGAUCAUUGGUGACGGAAAGUUCCACGAGAAAGAGAAACUGAAGCGUGGCGUAAGAAAUUUCCUUAGCAAGAAACGGAUGGUAGUAUUUCUGCUUCUCGAUAACUCGGAAGAAUCAGUUCUUGAUUUAAAGGAGUGUAUUGUGCAGAAAGAUGGGAGUAUAAAAUUCUUUAGAUACUUAGAUUCAUUCCCAUUCCCUUACUACAUUGUGCUCAGAGACAUUGAAGCCUUACCCACUACACUUGCUGAUCUCUUGAGACAGUGGUUCGAGCUCAUGCAGAAUUCGAGGGACUGAUUCUUCAAUACAAGACUGAUAUGGAGAGAACUCUUGUUUUUCGGUAUAGACUUGAGAAUGAUUUUGUGCUGUCUGAACCUAGUAUUGCCACUCUUUCUACUUUGUUGGGGCCAAGUUGCAAUUCUUUGGUAACCCAUGCUUACACGUACAUAUAUAUCUAUCUUUUUUUAGUCUUUGUUAAUAAGGUAGUAAUUACUCGAAAUAUGUGUUCACUAACAUUUAAAAGGGUUAUAACCGCCGGCAAGAUUUCGUCUCAGUCCUA